AUGUUGGGGGUAAAACCACUUGAUUAUCCUAUGGACCCCAACUUGAAGUUUACUGCAAAUGAGGGAGAUGUCCUUGAUGAUCCUGAGAAGUAUAGAAGACUUGUUGGCAAGUUGAAAUAUUUAACAGUUACUCGACCCGAUAUUUCUUUUCCUGUUAGUGUUGUGAGUCAGUUUCUAUCCGCUUCUCGCACCUCACAUUGGGAUGUUAUUAUUCGUAUUUUACGAUACUUGAAGAAGUCCCCUGGUCAUGGUUUGGUGUAUGGUGAUCAUGGUCACAACAAGAUUGAUGGAUUUUCUGAUGCUGAUUGGGCCAAGUCUCCAUUAGAUUUGAGAUUGACUACAGGUUAUUGUGUCUUUGUAGGUGGAAAUCUUGUUUUCUGGAAGAGCAAUAAACAAAGUGUGGUAGCCAGAUCAAGCGCAGAAUCAUAA